AUGACUGAGAAAACUUUCAGCAACGUUGAGCUCCAGGCUCCAGAGAGCAUUACCGACACCGAGUUAUGUGAAAUCAAGGAACGUGAGGGUGGUUGUGCGGCAUGGCUUACCGUCGUUGGAUCGAUUCUUGUCUACUAUGCCUCAUUUGGUAUCAUGAACAGCUUCGGUUUCUUCCAGAACUACUACACCAGCGAGUUCCUGAGAAACACUCCAACAUCGACGAUUGCCUUCAUAGGUACAUUGCAAAUGGCGCUUAUGAAUUCGCUCGCGGCUAUUUCUGGCGCUCUUUGCGAUCGAUAUGGUGUCAAGUACCUAUAUCUGGGGUCAGGAACGGGCACGAUUGUUGCCUUACUUUUGCUAUCUUUCGUUCGACCUGGACAGUUCUGGCAAAUCUUCCUCAUCCAAGGGCUACUCAUGGGUCUGACCAUCGCCUUUGGGGUCCAACCAGCGCAGACGGUGGUCGGUCAGCAUUUCAAGGAGCGGCGUGCCCUAGCCAUGGGCUUAGUUUCGACGGGUUCUGCCUUGGGUGGUAUUGGCUUUCCGCUCAUGUUCGAACGGCUGCUUCCAAUCGUCGGCUUCUCAAACGCGUUGCGACUCACGGCGCUCAAAAUUGGUAUAUGUUAUUCGAUCGCGCUAUGCAUCUCUACGAGCCUGCCGAGUGGUAAGAGUGGUAAAAGUGGACGAUCGAGCUGUAGCUCGCUUAUCGAUUUGAGAGGCUUUCUUGAUCUUCGCUACGCGGUUUUAUGCGUGGGCACCUGGUUCGCCAUUCUUGGGCUGUGGAUACCUUCAUAUUAUAUCAAAAUAUAUGCCAACGUCGCAUAUCCAGGCAAUACUAUCAGUGAAUACUUUUUGUGCAUAAUGUACGGCUGCAGCAUCUUCGGGGCAAUCUUUGGAGGCUUAUUAGGCGACAAGGUCGGUCGCCUAAACCUCCUAUGGCCCAUGGCUUUGGUAUCGGGCUGUCUAUGUCUUUUCCUUUGGCUUCUCAGCAACUCUCUCGCCACUCUAGUUCUCUUUGCUUGCGUUUAUGGCUUUAGUACUAGUAGUGUUAGCGCCCUUCCAGCGUCAAUCAUCGGACAGAUCACACCUGACGACAUACUUGGGGCUCGUAUUGGCGCUUUCUACAGUAUUGUAGCUAUUGCGAGCCUGGUCGGAACACCGAUCGGUGGCGCACUUAUCACAGAUGCUGAUCAGAAGGAGGGAUAUAGGUGGUUGAUUUUAUUCUCGGGGGUCUCACUCAUGGUCGGGUCAAUAUUCAUGCUUGGAAGUCGGCUGUUGCACGACAAGGACUUACGCAAGAAGUGGUAA